UUAUAAAGAAAUGUCAAUAUUAUGUAUGAUAGAACUAAGAAAUUGGCAAAUGUUAGAAUGAAAUUUCUCAGUUCCUGAUUGUUGGAAAUAUUGAAUAGUUAGUAUCUAAACAAUGCUAACAAUGACGCAUCAUUAUAUAAUUUUAAAUCGGAAUAUAAUCUCUUAUCACGUUGAUAUUACUUUAAACAUAGGGUUUUACGACUGGAAAGUAAGGUUAAUUGCAUACGUGUUACGGAAUAAGAAAAGCAGUGUGACACUAUGGCAAACAGAUCCUGGAAAGUAUUGGUGACGGGAGGUGCUGGGUACAUCGGUUCUCAUACAGUAUUGGAACUGUUGCAAGCAGAUUUUGAGGUGGUGGUAAUAGACAAUCUUAGUAAUGCUUACAAAGAUGAUAAAAACAUAAAACCAGAAUGUAUACUAAGAAUAGAAAAAUUAACAAAUAAAAAAAUUGUGUUUAUUCAAUGUGAUGUAACAAAUUUGAAUCAAUUACGAGACAUAUUUAAGAAGCAUAAGUUUCAUUCUGUUAUACAUUUUGCUGCAUUAAAAGCAGUGGGUGAAUCCUGUGAAAAGCCAUUAGAAUAUUAUAAGAUAAAUGUUUGUGGAACAUUGAAUUUAUUAAAAGUCAUGAGAGACUUCAAUGUAAAAUGUUUUGUAUAUUCAAGUAGUGCUACAGUUUAUGGCAUUCCUGAAAAAUUACCAUUAGUUGAAAAUAUGAAAACUGGUAAUUGCACCAAUCCUUAUGGAAAAACAAAAUAUAUGGUUGAAGAAAUUUUAAAAGAUUUGUGUACUUCAAACCAGGAAUGGUCUGUUAUAUCUCUAAGAUAUUUUAAUCCAGUUGGAGCUCAUUCUUCUGGGCAAAUUGGAGAAGAUCCUAAUGGGAUACCGAAUAAUUUAAUGCCAUACAUUGCCCAAGUAUCUGUAGGCAAAAGAGAAGUUUUAUAUAUUUAUGGCAAUGACUAUGAUACUCCUGAUGGAACAGGUGUUCGAGAUUAUAUUCAUAUAACAGACUUAGCUAUGGGUCAUGUAAAAGCAAUGAUUUAUCAAAAAAUUCAUAACUGUAUUGGAUUUAAAGUGUUUAAUUUAGGUACUGGAAAAGGCUAUUCUGUACUAGAAGUUAUACGAGCAUUUGAAAAAGCAUCAGGACAAAAGAUACCAUAUAAAAUAGUUGAACGUAGAGCAGGAGAUAUAUCUGCUAGUUAUGCAGAUGCUAGUUUAGCUAAUAAAGAACUAGGUUGGCAAGCUACCAAAAAUAUAGAUGAUAUGUGUUUAGAUACAUGGAAAUGGCAACAAAAUAAUCCAAAUGGUUAUAAACACUAGUAAAAAUUGUUGAAAUAUUCAUUAUA